GAAGAGGCAGCCCAAGGCGGGCUGGCUGACUGGCGGCAGUCGCUACUUGCCUAGUAACCUCAGCCGCUGUGGGUUCCUGGGGAGAUGGAGGGGCCGGGGCUGGGCUCGCAGCUUUGACUUGAGCCUUGGAAGUAAGCAACAGUGCAGACAGCGAGUGCUCUAUGAGAAGCUAUCUAGUUAAAGCUCAAGGAGCGGCAAAGGGAUUUCCUGGCAGCACAGGCACCAGAAACACUGAGAGAGAAGUUUCUUCUCUGAACAGAGGAAUUGUGACCCGAAGACAGUAGUUUUUAGACGUGACACCAAAAGUACAAUCCAUAAAAGAACAAAUUGAUAAAUUGGACUUUUUUAAAAUUUAAAACUUCUGCUCUAUGAAACAGACUUUUAAGAGACGGGAAGUGCAGGAAUCACAGCCAUGGCCCCCACCCUCCAGGAUUUGGUCGAUAUGGCAUCUGUGCACAUGAAAACAAAGAACUUGCCAAUGCAAGAGAAGCUCUUCCUCUUGUAGAGGACUCUAGUAACUGUGACAUUGUCAAAGCUACUCAAUACGGGAUUUUUGAACGAUGUAAAGAGUUGGUAGAAGCAGGAUAUGAUGUCAGGCAACCAGAUAAAGAAAAUGUGUCACUUCUUCAUUGGGCUGCUAUUAACAACAGACUGGACCUUGUAAAGUUUUAUAUUUCAAAAGGUGCUGUUGUAGAUCAGUUGGGUGGAGAUUUAAAUUCAACUCCUCUUCACUGGGCCAUCCGACAAGGACAUUUACCUAUGGUCAUAUUAUUACUCCAGCAUGGUGCAGACCCCACUCUCAUUGAUGGAGAAGGAUUCAGCAGCAUCCACCUGGCAGUAUUGUUUCAACACAUGCCUAUUAUAGCAUAUCUCAUCUCAAAGGGACAGAGUGUGAAUAUGACAGAUGUAAAUGGCCGGACACCUCUCAUGUUAUCAGCUCACAAAGUAAUUGGGCCAGAACCAACUGGAUUUCUUUUAAAGUUUAAUCCUUCUCUCAAUGUGGUUGAUAAAAUACACCAAAACACUCCACUUCACUGGGCAGUUGCAGCAGGAAAUGUUAAUGCAGUUGAUAAGCUUUUGGAAGCUGGUUCUAGCCUGGAUAUCCAGAAUGUUAAGGGAGAAACACCUCUUGAUAUGGCUCUACAAAACAAAAAUCAGCUCAUUAUUCAUAUGCUAAAAACAGAAGCCAAAAUGAGAACCAACCAAAAGUUCCGACUUUGGAGGUGGCUGCAGAAAUGCGAGCUCUUCCUGCUGCUGAUGCUUUCUGUGAUUACCGUGUGGGCUGUUGGAUACAUACUGGACUUCAAUUCAGAUUCUUGGCUUUUAAAAGGAUGUCUUCUAGUAACAUUGUUUUUUCUGACAUCUUUGUUUCCAAGGUUCUUGGUUGGGUAUAAGAACUUUAUAUACUUACCAACAGCCUUUCUGCUAAGUUCCAUUUUUUGGAUAUUUAUGACUUGGUUCAUCUUAUUUUUUCCUGAUUUAGCAGGAGCCCCUUUCUAUUUCAGCUUCAUUUUCAGCAUAGUAGCCUUUCUAUACUUUUUCUAUAAGACUUGGGCAACUGAUCCAGGCUUCACUAAGGCUUCUGAAGAAGAAAAGAGAGUGAAUAUCAUCACCCUUGCAGAAACUGGCUCUCUGGACUUUAGAACAUUUUGUACAUCAUGUCUUGUAAGGAAGCCAUUAAGGUCACUCCAUUGUCAUGUAUGCAACUCCUGUGUGGCUCGAUAUGAUCAACACUGCCUGUGGACUGGACGGUGCAUAGGUUUUGGCAAUCAUCACUAUUACAUAUUCUUCUUGUUUUUCCUUUCCAUGGUAUGUGGCUGGAUUAUAUAUGGAUCUUUCAUCUAUUGGUCCAAUCAUUGUGCCACAACAUUCAAAGAAGAUGGAUUAUGGACUUACCUCAAUCAGAUUGUGGCUUGUUCCCCUUGGGUUUUAUAUAUCUUGAUGCUAGCAACUUUCCAUUUCUCAUGGUCAACAUUUUUAUUAUUAAAUCAACUCUUUCAGAUUGCCUUUCUGGGCCUGACAUCCCAUGAGAGAAUCAGCCUGCUGAAGCAGAGCAAGCAUAUGAAACAGACGUUGUCCCUCAGGAAGACACCAUACAACCUUGGAUUCAUGCAGAACCUGGCAGAUUUCUUUCAGUGUGGCUGCUUUGGCUUGGUGAAGCCCUGUGUGGUAGAUUGGACAUCGCAGUACACCAUGGUCUUUCACCCAGCCAGGGAGAAGGUUCUUCGCUCAGUAUGAAGAAAAGCAACCCAAAACUCUCAAUCUGAUUUGUUUUUGUUUAUGUUGAUGCCCUAUAGUUUGAAAGUAAUGUAAAGAUUUAGAGUUCACCUAAGUCCAAAGGUAAAUACUGGUGGUUUUUUAAAGCCAUUGGGUAAAAAAAGUUUUCAAUAAAGGCACUACAGUUUUUUACAUUUAGAAAGAUGGACUUUUCCAAUAAAUCUUGGCAGACAUCUAAAAAAAAAAAAAAAACAUUUUUCACAAGAAAAUGCAAGUUACUUUUUUUGGAAAUAAUACUCACUGAUUAUGGAUAAAAUGGAGUAUUUUCAGAUGCUAUAUUGGCUGUUUCAAAAUAGUUCUAUUCUUUAAACUUGUAAUUUUUUGCUAAGUUAUUUGUCUUUGUUGUAUCUAUAAAUAUGUAAAAAAAUUUAAAUAGAUGUACCUGUUUUGCUUUCACACUUAAUAAAACAAUUUUUUUUUUGUAGUUGA